ACAGACAGAGCGGCCCUGCACUCAGCCCAGAUGGCGAACCUGCUUCCGCUGACGCUGCUGCUCCCAGCGUUGCUGCUGCUGGUGGUGUCCCGUAGCCGGCUGGUGGUGGCCAUCUCCAGCGUCAAACCUGUCGGAUCUUACUCAAUUGACGUCAAAGAAGUGGGCAGCUGCGAAGAACGAGGAACCGCAGAGAUGGUGUUUGACGUCUAUCGUCGCCGAGACGAUUCCGACAUGUUGUUCGAAGGACAUCUGUUCUUCAAAUACCCUUUCGGAGUAGGAUUAACAGCAGAAACAGAGGUCCUUAGACAAGGCAGCAUGGGCUGGAGCAACGUGUACAGUUAUUCAAAUGACGACAUCUGCCAUGCCAUCCAAAGCUUCAGCCCACAAUUUUGGAAGUCCCUAAUGAAAGCGGCUGGAAUACCAGAUGAAUGUCCCGUACAGCCUGGCAACUACACAGUGAACGAGUGGAAGCCCCUGCUGGAUUUGGACAAGAUGCCGUCGCUCCCAUACGGCACCUACCGCUUAAUCAUCCAGCUGAAGCAGGGGACGGGAGAGCUGGUGGGCUGCUACCAGAUACUUGUGGAAAUCAGCGAGAACGUGGACGCCUGAGGUGACGACGUCUUCUGGGCCGUCAACAGAUCUGCCGUAUUCUCCUGCGAAGAUCGUCCCCAACCCUGAAGCAGACCUUGUUUACAUUUUUUUAUAUAAAAAUUGACUUUCAUGUAUUUCUCGCUCUACUUUCAGGAGUAGUACUAGCCCAAUAAUAAAAAAAGUG